AUGGCACAAGGAGCCCACCAGGCACCGCUCUCCCCCUCCCGGCUUUCGAGGCAGUCAACCUCCACCCGGCGCGUGCGCGAGAAGGCAGCUGCAAUUCGCAAAAGCUUCCAGCGGCCAAAGUUCUGGGUCACAGGCUUUGGCUGGUGCCUGGCAACAUGCGCCGGCGCCGCGAACAUCAUCGCCUUCAAGUGCUGGAGCUUGUAUGCCUCUCAUGUAACGGGUAGUACCUCCGCCAUGGCCUUCCGCUUGGAAGGCUAUCAUCAAGGUGAGUAUGGGUCAGAAUCUUUGAAAGAGGCAUGCUCUUUGGUCCUGUGCUUUCUGCUGGGCGCCUAUACCUGCGGAAUCCUCAUCGACAAGAACCAAGUGCACUUCCUGGGCAAGGCUUUUUAUGGGAUGGCUUUGGUGUUGAAUUCAGCACUGCUGGUUUCGGCUGCCUUCAUCCCGGGCCGCUUGGUCCCUUCAUGCUUCGUGGCCGCUGCCUGCGGCUUGCAGAACGCAAUGUGCACCUCACACUUUGGGGCCAUCAUCCGCACCACUCAUGUCACAGGCACCGUCACGGACAUUGGCUCCACCAUGGGCCGCAUCAGCAUGAUCUGGUUGCGCAGGGCGAUUCAAAAACAAGCGCUGAACGACAUUGAUCGCGCGGAAAUUGCUGUGGAUGCCCAGAAGCUGGCUGUCCUCGCCGGACUUUGGGCAUCUUAUCUUUCUGGUGGUCUCAUUGGAAUCUACAUGGAGAAUGUGAUCCCGGGGCCUAAGGCACUUCUCGUGCCGGCGUCCGUGACUGGCUCCAUCGGACUUUUCUACAUGGCCUGCCGCCAACUCCUGAAGGACCCGAAGUUUCCUGAAACUAAACCUUGGACCCUAAAGCAUUCCACCUUAAACCCUAAACCCCAAACCCUAAACCCUAAACCCCAAACCCCAAACCCUAAACCCUAA